AGUAGUUUAGAUUAAGUGAACACGAGUCCUGGGGAUUACAAUAAUGACAAAGGGUGAUUUUUGUUGACGGCUUGUCUGUAGGCAAACUGAUUGGAUAAUAUUGGUGCCGGAGAGAUUUGUCCUAUCCAGUGCUGUGACUGGGUUUGAUGGCUCUCUGCCAGGCAGACCGGCAAAUGAAAGUUGAGAACAAGAGAGGCGAUUGAAUCCUCCGGUGUUCUCCAGGAUUUGAUUUGACAGCGUUUUUGAAAGAACUGCGAGUUCACGCAACGCCACCUGAUUGAGAGGCAUAUGUUUUCUGUCUGCACACACAUCCAGCGGUACCGCGGGCGACUUAACGCGUUCUGUGUUGACGCCCGGACAUGGACACCGGGAAAACAUUGGUGAUGCCGCGCGAUUUACGGAAGCUGAUCUAGCAGAAGGCCCAGUCCACAGCCAGCUAGGCAGGAUGACAGAGGGGGUGGAGUUGGAGGCCAGACAGAACCAGUCCCACAGGACCCAGAGGACCAGACAGAACCAUAACCAGGGCGACACAGUCCUGCUGAGGAGGGGUAGUGGAGGAGAGGGCCCCCAGGGGCCUAAGGGACCCGAGGUUAGGGCAGAGAGGUCCAGGGGGUCUGAGGUUAGGGCAGAGGGGUCCAGGGGUUCCAAGGUUGGGGCAGAGGGGUCCAGUGGGUCAGAGGAUGUGGUAGAGACACGGUCGUCUCAGGACUGGACCGGGGUGAACCACAGUACUGUGAGGAGGAGCACAGACAGUGACUCAGAGGAGCAGGAGGAAAAUGAGGAGGAGGAGGAGGGUUCCCUCCAACACCACCACCUUACUGGGUUACCACCCCACAAUGGCCCAACUGGAGAACCAGGGGCUGGACUGUCUGGGAACGGGUAUGCCCAACAGGUGGCCCCGGAUGGGGGCUGGGGCUGGGUAGUCCUGGUGGCUACUAUCCUGGUCCUGGCUCUAACGCUGGCCUUCCCUUCCUGUAUUGGCAUCUUUUACACGGAGCUACAGGCUGAGUUCAGCUCCAGCAACACAGAGACGUCCUGGGUGCCUGCGAUCAUGACUGCUGUGCUGCACGCUGGUGGUCCACUAUGCAGCGUGCUCGUGGAGCGCUUUGGUUGCCGGGUAACGGUGAUGGUGGGAGGGGUUCUGAGUGGACUAGGCAUGGUGGUCAGCGCCCUGGCCAGAACCAUCACAGAACUCUACAUCACCAGCAUCAUCGCAGGGUUGGGGUUCUGCCUGUCCUUCCAGCCCUCUGUGACCAUGAUGGGCCACUACUUUUUGAGGCGGCGGGCGUUUGCCAACGCCCUGUCGUCCACCGGCACGGCCCUGGGCCUCAGCACCUUACCCCUGCUGGCCAACUUCCUGCUGGGCCAGUUUGGCUGGAGAGGCAGCUUCCUGGUCCUGGGAGGGCUGUUGUUGAACUGCUGCGUGUGUGGGGCUGUCAUGAGGCCCCUGGGGGCCAAACACAGUGGAGCCCAGAGGACACUCACUAACAAGGCUGCACAGGGGCUCAGCAAGCAACCAAUCAAAGGUCCUCUCCAACAGGAGAAGGAGGGAAUUAAGACAAGACUUAGGACAGCGUUCAGUGACCUUGUCGUGUUCCUACGGAGACACAUGGCCUUUGACCUGUUGGUCAGUAACCCUCGUUACCGUGCCUACGCCCUGGGAGUGACGUGGAUGAUGUUGGGGUUUGUAGUUCCCCUGGUCUACCUGGUGCCCUAUGCUACAGCCAAUGGUAUGGAACAGGACCGAGCCGCGCUACUGAUGGCCGUACUGGGCCUGGUUAACAUUGCUGUGAGACCCGUGGCGGCUGUCUUCUUCGGCCUGCCGCGCUUCAGGGGCAGUGGCUGUUUUGUGUAUGUGUUUGCGGUAGCCCUCCUGGUCAACGGGCUGAGUAACAGUAUCUGUGGUGCGGCCGCCACCUUCCCCGUGCUCCUGAUCUACGUGGUCAUCUUUGGUCUGUCCAUGUCUGUGAUUGGCUCUCUGCUCUUCACGGUGCUGAUGGAGACGGUGGAGAUGAGCCGGUUCCCCUCUGCCCUGGGUCUCAUCAGUAUGUUAGAGAGUGGAACACUGCUGAUUGGACCGCCGCUCGCAGGCAUGUUGGUGGACAGUACAGGACACUACUCUUAUGUGUUCUAUGCCUGCAGUGUGACCGUCUCCUCCUCUGGCCUCUUCCUCAUCGCAGCGUUCUACUAUCUGGACAGACAGAAGAAGAGGGAAGAGAAGAAGAGAGCAGGUCCUCCUGCUGCUGCGUACCAACAGAAGCCUGCUAUCAGCCUAGUCCCUGACUGCCAGUACCACCAUGUUCCUUCUACACAGGGAGGGAAGCCUGCUAUCAGCCUAGUCCCUGACUGCCAGUACAGCCAUGUUCCUUCUACACAGGGAGGGAAGCCUGCUAUCAGCCUAGUCCCUGACUGCCAGUACAGCCAUGUUCCUUCUACACAGGGAGGGAAGCCUGCUAUCAGCCUAGUCCCUGACUGCCAGUACAGCCAUGUUCCUUCUACACAGGGAGGGAGAUCAGCGGACACUGUUUGUGUCACCAACGUGUGACUUACUAAUAUGCACGUGUGUAACCCAGUAAGACAAACUGUCUACCUGCCUGCCUUAGAAUUACAUCUAGAAUGAGAAUGAAGUAAGGAGGUAGCCUUCCAUGAGCCUUGGCCUGUAGGAACUGCAGCAUAUCACAGGAACUGCUCACUGUGUAACACCUCACUAUGAUGAAUCAAUGAAGGAUCUCUGUGGUGUCUGCUGUCUUCAGAGGGAAGAACUGGGAGGUUACACAUACACUACUGUUAUCAUCACUGUGAUUCCUAUGUAUGUACAUACGUACAUAAACAGGCAUUCACAACACAGGGUUUGCACACAGAUUCAGUCUGGAUUUGGAAGUCUCUCUCUCUCUCUCUCUCUGUCUCUCUCUCUCUCUCUCUCUCGGCCCACUAGUAAACGCUACAGUAGGACUGUCUAACAUACGGCCCACCAGUAGACGCUACAGUAGGACUGUCGGCCCACUAGUAAACGCUACAGUAGAACUGUCUAACAUACGGCCCACUAGUAGACGCUACAGUAGAACUGUCUAACAUACGGCCCACUAGUAGACGCUACAGUAGAACUGUCUAACAUACGGCCCACUAGUAGACGCUACAGUAGAACUGGCUAACAUACGGCCCACUAGUAGACGCUACAGUCGAACUGUCUAACAUACGGCCCACUAGUAGACGCUACAGUAGAACUGUCUAACAUACGGCCCACUAGUAGACGCUACAGUAGAACUGUCGUCCAUACGGCCCACUAGUAGACGCUACAGUAGAACUGUCGUCCAUACGGCCCACUAGUAGACGCUACAGUAGACCUGUCUAACAUACGGCCCACUAGUAGACGCUACAGUAGAACUGUCUAACAUACGGCCCACUAGUAGACGCUACAGUAGAACUGUCUAACAUACGGCCCACUAAUAGACGCUACAGUAGAACUGUCUAACAUACGGCCCACUAGUAGACGCUACAGUAGAACUGUCUAACAUACGGCCCACUAAUAGACGCUACAGUAGAACUGUCUAACAUACGGCCCACUAGUAGACGCUACAGUAGAACUGUCUAACAUACAGCCCGCUAGUAGACGCUACAGUAGAACUGUCUAACAUACGGCCCACUAGUAGACGCUACAGUAGAACUGUCUAACAUACGGCCCACUAGUAGACGCUACAGUAGAACUGUCUAACAUACGGCCCACUAAUAGACGCUACAGUAGAACUGUCUAACAUACGGCCCACUAGUAGACGCUACAGUAGAACUGUCUAACAUACGGCCCACUAGUAGACGCUACAGUAGAACUGUCUAACAUACGGCCCACUAAUAGACGCUACAGUAGAACUGUCUAACAUACGGCCCACUAGUAGACGCUGCAGUAGAACUGUCUAAUAAAUAGUUGAAUUUGUAACAUUUUUUGACUAACAAUCUCAAUCGACAUUUAAAUUAUUAAAACCGAACCAUAACUAUUUAGAAAUGAUAAUGGACCUAAAUGUAGUCUCUUCACUCUGUCCAGCUAGCUAACAGUCAUCAUAAUGAAAGCUACAUUUAUAGUCUCUUCACUCUGUCCAGCUAGCUAACAGUCAUCAUAAUGAAAGCUACAUUUAGUUUCUUCACUCUGUCCAGCUAGCUAACAGUCAUCAUAAUGAAAGCUACAUAUAUAGUCUCUUCACUCUGUCCAGCUAGCUAACAGUCAUCAUAAUGAAAGCUACAUUUAUAGUCUCUUCACUCUGUCCAGCUAGCUAACAGUCAUCAUAAUGAAAGCUACAUUUAUAGUUUCUUCACUCUGUCCAGCUAGCUAACAGUCAUCAUAAUGAAAGCUACAUUUAGUUUCUUCACUCUGUCCAGCUAGCUAACAGUCAUCAUAAUGAAAGCUACAUUUAUAGUCUCUUCACUCUGUCCAGCUAGCUAACAGUCAUCAUAAUGAAAGCUACAUGUAUAGUCUCUUCACUCUGUCCAGCUAGCUAACAGUCAUCAUAAUGAAAGCUACAUUUAGUUUCUUCACUCUGUCCAGCUAGCUAACAGUCAUCAUAAUGAAAGCUACAUUUAUAGUCUCUUCACUCUGUCCAGCUAGCUAACAGUCAUCAUAAUGAAAGCUAUAUUUAUAGUCUCUUCACUCUGUCCAGCUAGCUAACAGUCAUCAUAAUGAAAGCUACAUUUAUAGUCUCUUCACUCUGUCCAGCUAGCUGACAGUCAUCAUAAUGAAAGCUACAUUUAUAGUCUCUUCACUCUGUCCAGCUAGCUGAAAGCUACAUUUAUAGUUUCUUCACUCUGUCCAGCUAGCUAACAGUCAUCAUAAUGAAAGCUACAUAUAUAGUCUCUUCACUCUGUCAAGCUAGCUAACAGUCAUCAUAAUGAAAGCUACAUUUAUAGUCUCUUCACUCUGUCCAGCUAGCUAACAGUCAUCAUAAUGAAAGCUACAUAUAUAGUCUCUUCACUUUGUCCAGCUAGCUAUCAGCCAUCAUAAUUAAAGCUACAUUUAUAGUCUCUUCACUCUGUCCAGCUAGCUAACAGUCAUCAUAAUGAAAGCUACAUUUAUAGUCUCUUCACUCUGUCCAGCUAGCUAACAGUCAUCAUAAUGAAAGCUACAUAUAUAGUCUCUUCACUCUGUCCAGCUAGCUAACAGUCAUCAUAAUGCAAGCUACAUUUAUAGUCUCUUCACUAUGUCCAGCUAGCUAACAGUCAUCAUAAUGAAAGCUACAUUUAUAGUCUCUUCACUAUGUCCAGCUAGCUAACAGUCAUCAUAAUGAAAGCUACAUAUAUAGUCUCUUCACUCUGUCCAGCUAGCUAACAGUCAUCAUAAUGAAAGCUACAUUUAUAGUCUCUUCACUCUGUCCAGCUAGCUAACAGUCAUCAUAAUGAAAGCUACAUUUAGUUUCUUCACUCUGUCCAGCUAGCUAACAGUCAUCAUAAUGAAAGCUACAUAUAUAGUCUCUUCACUCUGUCCAGCUAGCUAACAGUCAUCAUAAUGAAAGCUACAUUUAUAGUCUCUUCACUUUGUCCAGCUAGCUAACAGUCAUCAUAAUGAAAGCUAGACAGUCAGGGAGCAUCAUAAAUUCCCAAACCGAUGGAUAAAGGACAUUUUUGCACAUUUUGACGCCAAGACAAUACAUACACAUUUUAAGUGCGGCACUCCGGCCCUUGGUGAAGACUGAAUGCGGCCCGCAGAGCAAAAUGAGUUUGACAACCCUGUGCUAGAGCAGUGUUACUCACGAAUUGCGGCAUUUGUACUGCCAAUAACAUGGGCGACCUAACUAUUUAGUGCUUUAACUGUUUGGUUUUAGGAGGAGAUUAUGAUUGUUUGUACACUGUCACCGUGACAACACUGAGUAUGGCUAUGAAUGUAUUCCUGCACCUUCUUGAAUAUCCUCUGUGACUUCUUAGAUGCCUUGAUAUAACUGGAAAUGAAACGAUAGCCUUAUGUAUGAAAGGAUAUACAAAUAUUUUGUAUUUUAGUCAACUUAUUUCUGAAGAUUUAAUAUUGAAUGUUUACAGAAUAUUAAACUUUUUCAAUAAAAGUAAAUUGAUUUGUG